GAAAAGUUUGUUUUCAUCCGUCAAAAAGUGGCUAUGGAAAAAUGGCUGCGCCCACAGAGUUUACAUUGGAAUCUGUCCGGGCUUUUAUGCUGGAAAGAGGUGGCAAAGUGACCAAUCACGAAUUGGUGAAACAUUUCAAACAGUUCUUGACCGAUCCGUACACAAAAGAAUAUGCCCGGGUGCAGUUCAAAGAGUACGUCAACACAUUGGCCUUGAUCCGUCAGGAGGAGAGCGACAAAUUUCUGGUCCUGAAACCCAUUUUUUAUCCGACGGAAUACUUGGCGACCGACAGGGUCAGGGACGUCGAUCCUUCGUACCACUCGGUCGGGCUGCCGCUGCUGCCAUCCCAGCCGCAAUACGUCCCGCCGCCACCGCCACAUGCACAACAACAACAUUAUGGGCAGCCGCCGAUGGAUGCGGCACCUGCUUUCAGAGCGCCACCGCCUUACCGGCCGCCACCCGAGCCGGCACCUUUCCGUCGCUCUUCUCUGUCCGGCUCGGAUUUGUCUCACUCGCCCGUCAACGUUUACCCUCCGCCGCAAGUACUGCCCUACAACAACUACCAACCUCCUCCGCCGGCCAUCCCUCCGCUUCCGUCGCAGAAACUUCCGGCUCCACCACCACCACCUGCCGUCCACCAUUUCGUCCGUCAGACGAGUCUGCCGUCGGACGAUUUCAUUCCGGCCAGCGCCUAUCUGCUGCCCCAGCAGCAGCCCAUGCCCGAGCGCUCCGUCUCCAUUCAGGAUUUCUCGUCUCAUCACGUUCAGGAUCUGACGUCCGGCGGAUCUCCCGGCCCGGUCGUCCCACCCCGCCGGCUGAAAGUCCAGCGCAGCGACGACAAAGAGAACCACCUCGCCAGCCUGGGCUCUUCUUGUUCAUCCAUCGACGGAGUGGUGCUGGGCAGCAGCAGCAGCAGCACUGGCGGACUCAACAAUGAAGAGAUCAAGAUCAGCGUCAAAGAGCGGACGCAGCGUUUCAACAAAAUGGCAUCCGAAAUCGACUUGGUGCCCAAGAAUGGAUCGUCGGAGAGACGCGAUAGCAAGUCCAAGUCGGGCGAUGACGACGAUACUUCAUCCGUUGGCACGAUGGAACCGCGUGCCAAAGAGUGGAUGCUGGCCACCGCCAGAGGCGAUUACCAUGCCAUCGCUCGACUGUUGCGUGAGGAGCCUCGACUGGCCAGGCGCCGGGACUUUGUAACGGGCUAUACUGGACUGCACUGGGCUGCCAAACACGGCAACGACGACCUGAUCAAAUUGCUUGCUGGCACACACAAAUCAGAUGUCAAUGCCAGAACGAACGCUGGCUGCACUCCGUUGCACCUUGCUGCCAUGCAGGGCCACGCAGAUGUUGUAGAUCUCUUGGUCAAAGCAUAUGGAGCUGAUUCGAACAUGCGAGACUACAGUGGCAAGAAACCCCAUCAGUACCUCUCGCGACCAGACACGGUCAUCUCGAUCGACACGUUCCGCAAAAUCACAGCCAAACGAAAUCUGGCGGCAGAGAAAGAAGCGGCUGCAGGUUUUCUUCGUAUAGGCUCCCUUAAUGUUCGCGUGAAGAAGACGACGGAAGCGUUCAACAAUCUGCUCAGUUCAGCCGGCGGAAGCGGAACAUUUUCCACUACCAAGAUGUACAACAAACCCUGGGGAUCGAUAGACAAUCUUCCCAUUUCUUCGGUUGAGGGCCAGAUGAUGCCUCCGCCCAACAAACAAGGAACGGUUAAGAAGAAGCGACCAAAGGAUUGGCCACAGCCACUCAUUAGUGGGCCAACCAACUUGCAUCACUCCAAUUCGUUUAACGGGCGGCCGCUCCAGCCGACAUUGAUUGAAAACAAGGAAGAAUACGAAAACGACUCGGACUCUGCUUACGGUUUUGGAAACAACUGGCAGAGUUCGUAAACAUACAAAUUUAAGAGUUUUGUGUUUUUCCAGUUUUAAAAAAAGAAAUUGCCAGUUAUAUUUACUAUUUAAUAAUCAUCACAGCUGCAAUCGGUGCCUUCCAUUUCAUUGUUGAAACGUAACCGAGACAAAAGUUUUUUUUUUUUCUUUUGGUUUAUUUUUAACCCAUACGACUGACUGUAUUUCGAACUGUUGUUAUCGGAAUCAAACAAAUAUAGUUUCAGGACUCGAAUCUGA